AUGGCAUCUAUGAACGAGGUCUCCACCGCCGUUUCACGAAUCACAGUCACCGACGCAGUGGAGCUUCUCAGACGCCCUGUAUUCGCAUGCGGGCUCGGCAAUAGUGACGUUUUGUUCAGGUCUACCCCGCUGGCGGUCACUCUCGAUCUGACGCUGAUGGGGACGUCUUCCAGCUCUACCGGCAUGGCUCUUCUCUCAUCGGCGGGUCCGCCUCUUGCGCAUUGCCCUAGCUCUGCACUCGCGUUCCUGGCAAUGCCUCUCCAUACAGAGUCGUCGAUCGAGCUCACUUCCGAGCCGAAGAGGUCACCAUCCAGUGGAGCACGAGCGGCGAAACAUCCGUCGAGGAGCGAGUGUGCCGGCGUGCGCGACCCCAAGUGGUUGAUCAACCACGCGGAGGCGUUCAUCGAUGCAGGCGGCCAUAGCGAGGGCAUCCCCUACCGAGAACCUGACAACGCGGACGCCGUACCCGUCAAACCCACACCUCGCAGGAGUGGUCGGCAUGUCCACAUCGUCAUCGCUUCAGCUAUUACGUAUGCUGCAUUACAAGUUCCCGCAGAUUGUGCGACCUCUUCUGUGUCUCUGCAUUCAACGACACCAGAACCAGAAUGCGGGAUUCCGCCUUCGUACUUCCACUCUCUUUUCAUUGGAAAGGUUGCGUCGGCUACUGGAAGCACCCGGGAGCGCAAACCAGGACCGAUCACGGUGUCUCGCGCUGGCGCUCACGGCGCCGAUGCGCGUCUCGGCUUCCUGCAUGACCCCGGGAAAGCAUAUUUCAGGUACACGCAUUGA